AUUAUUCCACAAAACCAAUAUUUUUGCUUAAUUUUAUACGCUCUCCUCCUUCUCCCUUUGCUCAAUUGCACUGAUUCAUCGUCACCUUCUUCUUCACUACCCUCUCGUUUCCUUACCUUCUUCCCUUCAUUUUUCUUGUCGAAUCUCAUUGAGAAUGUUUAAUUCUGUUUGGGUUUCGUAAGAACCAUUUCUUAUGUGGUGAAAAUGAUGCUGUACAAGUGUUCUGGAGUUUUUGCAAACAUUUUUUUCGAUAAAAUUCCUGAAUAGUUAAUGGACUCAGCUCUUCCUCUUGUCACGGUACUUCGGAAUGAGACUGUUCAUUCCAUUGAUUUUUUGGUUGAAGAAGGCAGUUACUUGCCCGAUUCCUAGCCUGGGGCCAGGCGGACGGCAGCUGGUUAAUUUGUCUAAAAUCGUCAACAUUUGUCGCCGUCUCCACUCGCCAAUCAACAAGCUGGUUGAUUAAGGUUCUGAUCAACCAGAACUUAACGGGGAUGGCACUAGAACCUGGAAACUUCUUCGAACAUGUGCAGAUUUUGUUCAAAUUUCGGAUAAAUGAAAAAGGAAAACUUUUACUCAUUGCUGAAGGAAUUAAGGAAAAGAAUAUUGACAUAAUUCUCCGCCUCAGGUUCUUUUUAUGACUCUCGGGUUCUAUGAGGGUGCGCGACCAGCGUAGUGAUGUUGCAGUGAUCCCUGAGGCCAUAGUUAAUUCAAGCAAGAGGUCAUCUCUGAGUGCAAACUGUAGGGUGGAAAAUGGUUUGCACCAGGAUAACGAUACAGAUGCUUUUAUUCAGAGCAAAGCAGCGGCGUCACCAGAGAGCCUAUUCGUGUUUGUCAAAAACGUUCCUGGGCGUGCUGAAGCGCAAAGCAUAGCAAAUGGCAUCAGGAAGACAACCACCACUUAUACACCAUUGUACAGAUCCAAACAUGAUACAUUUGAGACCAAAAUGUCAAAUUCAAGUCAAAUGAAACCCUCGAGAGAGAGGGAAAUGGCAAUCCAGAUUUUCAUCACCCCCGCCGCUGCCGCCACCACCACCAACACUACCACUAUCACUACCAGCGGCAGCUUACAGAGCAUGGGGAACAUGAACAUGAACAACCGUCUCACUCUUCCCAUGUUCCAAACAAGGACACCACCGACCACGUCUUUCUAAUCGUGUGUGCUAUUCUGUGAUAUAGCUGCAAUUCUUGCCCGAUGGAUGAAAGAUAAGGAACUGACGACAUAAAGCCGAGUUGCAGAAUGGUGGCACAAUGAACUCCAACCUUUUUAGUUGAAGUACACAUCUGAGCGUUCAAUGACAUGUUUAAAUACUCUGUGGUGUAUUUUUUUAUGCUUGUGGUUUAUUGCAUGAAAAUAGCAUUAGAAUUUGUUUUCUUUUUGUCUCCCUUUUGUAUACAAGUUGUGAAUUUGAUUUUCUUUAUUUGCAAUAAG